AUGCCCUUCGUAAGCAAACUCGGGAUUGGUUCACCACAUUACAAGCAAACAAAUGUCGAACCCUUCAUUUCAAAUAUCUGCCGAUUCUCGGAAGAUCGACCGGGCAAUAUGCUGACUACCGCUGUUCGGCCAGUAUGCCGAAGUAUAUUGAACAAAAGCCCUACUUUCGGUGAACGACUUAAGAAUGGACAACGAUACCCUCUGUCCACUUGCAGUUUCAAUGCAAAUACAAUGUUCUCAGCGAUCCGAGCAUCUACCCGUUUAACAUCUCGCACAACUGUCCCUCGAAACACAUCAAAAGCAUCCGUCUACGCCAAAAUGUCCACAAGCACCAACAACUCACUCGAACUCAACACUACUCGCACGUACGAUUUGAUUGUUCAGCCAUCUGAUCUUGCAAGUGCCAUAUCAAGCAACGCAAAAAUUGACAAAUUCCCACGAGUUCUCACAGCCUCCCGCAUGGUAGCGUUCAUGGAAAUCGCCGCUGCUCGGGUGCUUCAACCGUUGCUCAGCCCUGGUCAGCUGUCCGUUGGUACUAGCAUCAAUAUUACACACUCAGCGCCUACACCUGCUGGGGCUAAGGUGACCGCCGAGGCAAGGUACAUUGGUCAAAGGGGAAAGCUUUAUGAGUCUGAAGUCAUUGCCAAGGAUGAGGCAGGAGAGGUAGGGCGCGGAAGUCACGAGAGGGCCAUUGUGGAGAUAGCGCGGUUGGAAAACGGUGCGAAGAAGAGGGGAGCAUCUCAGUGA